AUGACCGGCCGUGUAUCUAUUGGACAGCGCAUUCGCCAGGUCUCUUGGGGCUGGUAUGCCAUCUCUAUGAGUACCGGAGGCAUUGCACUCCUUCUGAACCAAACACCGCAUCAAUUCACGGGCCUUAAUAUUAUCGGAAAGAUUGUGUUUAUCCUAAACCUAGUCGUGUUUUCAUCGAUAAGCAUCGCAAUGGGUAUUCGGUUCAUUAGCAAAUCGUCCACGUUGAAAGAAUCAUUCCAGAGCCCGCAGGAAACACAUUUCUUCCCGACUUGUGUGCUGGCAAUUGCAACUAUUAUAAUGGGUAUUUCAUCAUACGGCACAUCCUCCUGCGGUCCGUGGUUACUGGUUGCACUGCGCGUGCUCUUCUGGCUGUACGUCGCUAUCGCGACACUCGUCGCAAUUUUCCACAACUGGUAUCUUUACCAUUCGUGCAUGGCCAGUCAGCAAACUUUCGCGCUUCUACGACUUCUACCUUCCUUUCCCGCAAUGCUGUCAGGAACCAUGGCAUCGGUACUCACGUCCAACCAACCUGUGCACCACGCUAAACCGAUGCUCAUCGGCGGAACAACCCUGCAGGGCUUCGGCUUCCUCAUGUCGCUCCUCGUAUACGCCGAGUACGUCUUCCGUGCAAACAAAGAUGGCCUCCCCAAGGCCCUUGAGCGACCAGAAAUGUUCAUCGCCGUCGGCCCCUGGAGCUUCACAGCAGUCGCCCUAAUCGGCAUGGCCCAAGUCGCCGUGGAAAAAUGGCCCCAGCGCUACAUCAUCUCUGUCGCAGAUACAUCCUCCUCCUCGCCAACCUCGGUAUCCGCAGCAGACAUCGCACUGGUAAUAGCAACUCUCUCCGCGGUCUUCAUGUGGAUGAUGUCGUUCUUUUUCUUCUGCAUCGCAGCAAUCAGCACCAUCGCUUCGUGUCGGGUGGUUAAAGGCAAGGGGAAAGGGGAGUUGGGGAUGUCGAUGGCGUGGUGGAGUAUGGUGUUCCCAAAUACGGGAUUUACGUUGGCGACAAUUGAUAUCGGGGAGGCUUUGCAAUCGGAGGGGAUAUUGUGGGUUACGAGCGUGAUGACGGUUUUGCAGGUUGCUGUGUGGUUGAUUGUUGGUGCUGGGACAGUUUGGGGGGUUUGGAAUAGGGAGUUGUUGUGGCCGGCUGAGGUGGAAGGGGAUGAUGAGAAGGAUAGAUGAGGUUGUCUUUGAUUUUUUUUCAUUCGUUUUUAUAUUCUGGUUUAUGUUGGUGCAAAUAUUUGCGUUUGUCAUGCUAUAUACCCAUAGAAUCAUAUGUUCAU